AUGUUGUUAACAAAAAAAAAAAAAAAAAAAAAAAAAAAAAAAAUAGAUCGUUCGUAUUUUAAGUGUGACCAUGUGUUCUGCUAUUAUUCAGAUAUCGCCAGAAAAGAAGAAACAAUGCUUGCUGUUUUCACGAAAUCGGUGGCCGGCGUGAAGCUUUUUGGGAUGAUGUAUCCGGUUUUGGAACGUUCGGAGAAUCUUCCCACUGAUGAUUCCAUAGACGCCAUCAAAGAAAUCGCAAAGGCGCUUCAAAGUGUCUUAUUCAAGCUCCAUAUCAAUGGAUAUUCUUCCUUAUUGCAUCCUUUGGGAGUUAAUAAUGUAGAUUUUAUAUUGAAAUUUUAUGUAGUCAAAGAUGGAGAAAAUGACUCUUUGAGAGUCAUAAAUGUGUACCAUAAACUUUGUGGGGAAGCUGAAGAUUCAUGGCUCGAAAUUGUUAACAACUUCCGGGGAGAGUUCUCGUUUAUCUCUAUGAUGCAAAGAAUAGAAGCUUCUUUGUUGCUAAUGAACGAUUACAAUUUUGGUACUGGCGGUUCAGUAUGCUACGUUCAUAUAUUCGGGGGACAUUAUUUGGCUAGUGGUAAAGGUUUAAGGAAACUUCAGCUCCCAUUGAUGGAGACUAAGAUGGAGCCUUUGAUACCGGAUGAUAUAGUCUAGAGUCCUUCUAAUAUACCACACCAAAUCUCAAAAGGGGAAAAGAUCAUAUUGAUUUGUAAAGUACAUUCUUUUGUUCUCAAGUCUGGUUUGUUGGUGUGAGAGGUCUCUUUGUAAACCAAACACAUGUAUAUCUGGAUGUUCGAGGGCACCGAUCCCUUACCAAAGCUUCAGGCAACUGAUUCAUCAUACCUGCCUUAAUAACACCUAGAUUUAAUUCUCC